UUUUUUUUAUCUCAAAUAAAAGUUGUCAAAAACAUCUGUCAAAGUGCCCGAUGAAUGAUUGGUAAUUAUAAUUUAAAUAAUUAUAUUUUUCACCAAAGAUUUCUGGAUAAUCAUGGACGUGCACAAACUUUGGCAGUACAAGGAGUACAUGAACGUGAAUGGCUUCAUGCUCACCAGCGAGCUGAUAACAAUUCUACAGAAUUCUCUCACCCUUCUACAAGUGGAGAAUCAUUUCGCUCACAUCCAAUAUUGGGGGCAAAUAUACGCGCUUAGUGGUGAUUAUCACAUAGCAGUCGGAAUCACCAACGACGCGAUGGCCGAUCGAAAAUAUUUCUACACGACAGAUUUUAAAUUCUGGGGUCUACUCCCCAAAGCGAAGAGGAAGUACAAGCUCCUUUCUCUCAUCACAUUCUUUCCUUUUCAUGGAAAUCCUUCUUUGAAAAUCAAGGUUUUAGAUGAAGCUCUGGAGGAAAAUAACCCGGAUAGAUGCCAGUUUAUGAAGGAAGAGAACCGGAUCGCAGCGACUAUAGCUAAUAUCUGCGAUGAAGCGGAAAUUUGCGCUCGGGGACAGUUGAUAAAACAGCCAGACGGCACUGUAGUUAUUAAUCCAAAUUUCUAUGGUUUAAACUCUGCAGAAGCGAAGCAACUGAAGUCCUAUCUCCACAUCAGACAAGCGCAGCAACGAUGGAAUACGAACCUCCUCACCAGACCAGAUUAUAACUAUAGCAUGGAUUUCUUGGAUUCUAUAGAUCAGGAUAUACCAAAUGGCUGUUGGAACUUAUCCUUGGAGCAAUCUGGGACAGUAGCCUAUUUGAGAAGCCUGUAUUGGCCUGGAAUGACAUAUUUCCAUAAAAUCAAAACUCCUGACGCUGGGUUUCUGUAUGUGGGGAAUGGCCGGAAGAAUUUGGACGUUCCUUUUCUUUUGUAAUGAUUUUAUUUUAAUUUUUAGUUACAAAAUAAACGUAUUGGAAUGUACAAGGUU